AUGUCCAUACAAGAAUACUACGGAGGAUCUUCCUUGGCAAUGGUGGGUAAAGAUGCAAUUGUAAUCACAGCAGACAAGAGGUUUGGUAAUAAUGCAAGUACAUUGCACUCAAACUUCACACGUCUUUAUAAGAUCACAGACAGAAUAAUCCUGAGUCUUACAGGAUUUGUACCAGACUGUCAAGUUUUAUACAAAACACUCAGGAAGCACGUGACUAUGUUCAAGCUCAGUCAGCAAAGAGAAAUUGAACCGAAGGAAUUCUCUUCCCUUCUCUCAUAUAUUCUGUACAGUAAGAGGUUUAGUCCAUUUCUUAUCUCUCCAUUGAUUGCAGGGUUUGACAGAGAGAAUAACCCACAUGUUUAUACAAUGGACUUAAUAGGGUGCGUAUCUGGGCAUGGUGACUUUGCAACAACCGGGACAGCUUCAAAGAGUCUUAGUGGAAUUGCAGAUGUUUUAUUCACGGAAGACAUGGAGGCAGAAGACUUGUUCACUACUACCAUGCAGGCCUUCUUGAAUGCAAUUGAUAGAAAUGCACUCUCUGGUUGGGGCUCAGAUGCAGUUAUUCUUAUGCCCAGUAAGAGAAUACACCGGGAAGUAAAGACCAGGCAGGAUUAG